AUGGCCCCCCCACCCCCCGCCAGGGGGUACCUACUGGGUACCCUCAGCAAGACGUCUGAGGGUACCCUCAGCAAGACGUCUGAGGGUACCCAGUGCAACCAAGAGCAGAUCGACGGUUGGAAGAAAAUCGUGGAUGCUGUUCAUGCAGAAGGUUCUAAAAUCUACUGCCAGUUGCUGCACUGUGAGUCGCAAGGUCUCUCUCCCUCGGGAUCUCAGCUUAGCGGCAAUGACAGUGGGUCGGAUCAGUCACCCCGAUGCACCCGAGCAAUUGGCACCCCAGGGACCUCCAAUUAUUACGUAAAAUGGCUUCGAGGCCCCCUCCGGAGGCCAUCAAACCACCCCCUACCCCCCCUGAUCGGAGGCCAUCCUGGAGGCGCCUUCCUAAUUGGGAUGCUGCCUGGCCAUUUGUCCACUGCCUGUAUGGUAGGCUAG